AUGUUAUUGCUUUUCGACGCCGAUGUGAAUGUUUUGACGUACCUAUUAUUAUUAUUAUUAUUAUUAUUAUUAUUAUUAUUAUUAUUAUUAUUAUUAUUAUUAUUAUUAUUAUUAUUAUUAUUAUUAUUAUUAUUAUUAUUAUUAUUAUUAUUAUUAUUAUUAUUAUUAUUCAUCCAGUAUUAUUUGUGUUAUUGUUAUUUGUUAGUGUGCUGA